AUGAUAAACGAUUGGAAAGAUCCAUCGAUUGUUGAUGGUAUCCAACAAAUACGUAUUGGUCAAAAUGCAGAGCAUUUCUUUUUCGUCUAUCUACAGAAUAUUUAUGGUUCAGUAAAUGUAACACCGACCCAAAAUUGGCGUUCAUCAUCACGUCUGAUUACCUAUCCAAAAUAUCGAUGCAAUGUUAAUGAUUCAGCUGGUUUUGAUUUUGAAUUACAUGAUACACAGCAAUUGUUCGUUCGCGACUCACGGUCGACAACAAAAUCUUGUUAUUUUGAAGUCAAAGGCACUAGUGGAUCGUUUAAUGAAACACAUAGUCACUUUUGUAUUUCUCAGAACGAGUUAAACAUGUGUCAAUCGAUUGCCGAUGAUCGGAAAAGACGAGAGCGUGAAGCAUAUUUUAUUGUCGUUAUAGAAAAUUAUCUUGAUGCUGAAGAAAUCGUUCUUGGUACUGUAUUUAAUUGGGAUGACAUAUUACAUUCAUCUAUAAUAUGCUGUAUUAUUAUUUUCAUUUAA